AUGUCUGGAGAACUUCCCCAUUGCUGGAAUCAGUUAUCAUGGUUAGCGAUUAUUGAUUUAGCUAACAACAAUUUCUUUGGCAACAUUCCAAAUGCCAUUGUGUCUCUCACCAAUCUUCAAUCUUUGCAUUUGAGAAAGAAUGGCCUAUCUAGGAAUCUCCCUUUUUCGUUGAAAAAUGCAAACACAUUGGUGGUUCUUCACAUUGGUGAAAACAAGAUUUCUGGAAUAAUACCUUCAUGGAUUGGUAGUCUUGUUUUAGACCUUGCACAGAACAACUUCUCAGGUGUUAUUUUUCCUCAUUCUUUUGGAGGUUUUAAAGCCAUGGUCCCAAGUCGCAGUGAAAGAUCCCAGCUCUUGAUUUCCAAAUAUGAUCAAACCUGCUACAAUGAGACUCUGAUCAGCAGAAUCUCCAACAUUGGCUUGUCAUGCAACAGGCUUUCUGUUACCAAAAUCAUCCGUGACAUGAAUCAGCUACAGGCACUUGAUCUAUCAAUCAAUAACUUUUCGGGUAUAUCUGCUCUGAAUUUUCUCAGUCAUCUGAACUUGUCACACAACAAGUUGUCAGGAAAAAUUCCAUCAGGCAGUCAACUUCAGACUUUAGAUACAUCAGCUUUCUUUUAUAAUGAUGGUCUUUGUGGAUUUCCUCUAAGUGAUUGCACCAGUAAGACUCCUGCUCAAGGCUCUUUACAUGGGGGAAAUUAA